AUGUUCAUUUUCUCUACAACGCGGGAUAGUACUUGGGUUUCGAUUUUACUUUUCACAUUCUACUUGUUACUGCCAACAAUUCUUGCUCAGCCGGUUGCUACCGGUGGAUCUUCUAUUACCGUCACACGGCGCUCCGAAGAUUCGGAUAAGUCGAGUCAAUUACCUAUUCAAAUAGGCGGUAUUGCAGCCAGCUACGUGAUCUUUGAUGCUAUAGUCGUCUUUCUUCUGCUCUUUGUAGGAAGACGACUCCGCCGAGCAGCUCAUACAUCCAACUACUCCCUUGACAUGGUAAUGCUGCAACCUUUCAGCAACCCAUUCGCCAACAGCACCGAUCCAAGCCCUAUUUCCGGUUACUCAGUUGACACCCAGUUCCCGAGUCCUGUCAAACCACGCGGCUGGAAUAUGUCGUGGACAAGUGUGACGAAGGGCCACAAAGCCCAGAGCUCGAUGAACAGCAGUGUUGCUACUGUUGACGAGGAUGUCGUGACUGCAGACCGACGACGAGCGCAAGAGGAGAUGGAAUUUUUGUAUGCGGCGGUCAUGGAACAUGAUGCCAAAAAGGCGUCUGCUCAUACCUCGCCUGUGAUUGAGAAUCAGCCAUUGACUCCAAUUGCUACUCCCCUGACCUCGCCACGAUUUGCGGAUCCAAACACUGCCAAUCAGUAUCCUUCCUUCCCACUACAGCCUACAGUCGUCCAGGCACCCUUAUCUCCCCGACAGGGAAGCAUAUCAACCAACAAAUCCCGAACAAGUCAACGACUCUCCAGACUUUCAAACUUAUCAAUUUUCAGUCCCGUACGCUCAUCCUCUAAUUCUAACAAGCUGAAAUCGCCACGCUCUGUCCGCGAGCUCCCCAUUUCACCACCCUUGAAAUCACCCGAUCCAGCAGAAACAGCCGCCAUAACAGCUACAGCAGCCACAUUCCAAGACAGCGCACCACCAAUGUCACCACGAAUCUACAACCCGGGUCCUCCACCCACAGCACCUUUGCCAGGUUCCAACUCCAUGCAAACACCUCGAGGAUUCAUGCUCCAACCCAUCAGCACACCAAACAGCAUGCGUGCCAAUGCUCCUGCGCCGCUGAGUAUCAACAGCAGCAACUCCACCCUUCCAUUCCGGCAACAGUUCAAUCCUCCCAUGAGUGCACCGCCUACAAAGACCACCAUCUUGGAAAGACCGGUCCAUGCCCCCGGUGGACCGCGCACCGGUAUGCCUACACCAUACAGUCCGUACAUGCCCUUUACGCCUGUCACGCCUAUGACGCCGAGUCGGCUCGUGACGAAACGGGAUCGGAAACGUCUUGAUAAGUCGAAUGGUCUGAAGGUGUUGCACGAGGAUGAUAUGGUGAAGAAUGAUGAUGAUUUAUGGGGGAUGUAA